AUGAGCGCCGACGAAGGCGGAGACGCAGUCUUGGUGCCCGCCACCAACGGCGAACACCAUCCCUCUCCUCCCGAUUCUGCUGCGGUCGCGACUCCAGGCAAGAGAAAACGUCCGAGUCAGGAUGAAAAAUCGGCUCAGGAAUCAGACUUGCCAGCACCCCAGGGCAAACAAGAUCUCCACGAAACAUUACGAACCCUCGUUGUUCUUCUCCUUAAACAUGACACCGAACUUCAACUACUUACCUGUCCCUUUGCGGCAUCUACGAGCAAGCCUCGGACGAAGCGCGCCAAAACCUCGAAUGAGCAAGAACUCUCUAGUAUACAAUCACGGGUGAACUCGAACCAUUAUAGUACCCUGCAAGAUUUUUUGGCGGACAUCGACAAGGCAUCUGCCGCGGUCAUUGAGCGCAACCAAAACCAAGCAAAUGGCACCAAUCCCGACGGGGCCCCUCUGACGGAGGUGGUCAACCGCAUCGCUGCGUUCAAAAAGCACAUGAAUACCCUGGUCGGGCAGUCGUUUGUCAACCAGGUCGACGUGAAAGCAGAGGCAUCUGAUGACGAUUCAGAGGCGCCAGUGUGGUCCACUGUAUCGAACAUGGGCGCUCGCGAAGACAAGCAGGCUCUGACGCUUUUUGGAAACCCGUCGAAUCCACGACAUCUUUUCUCGAGUCUUCAAAAAUCCACCAAGGUCCCACUGCUUUCGUCUGAUUCAGAGGCCGAAAAGUUCGUCGAGGUUCAAGAAGCACUACGCGAAACGGCCUUGCCUAGUGGUAUCACAGCAACAAAAGUGGUUCCCUACAAUGUGGAAGCCGCCCCUAAGUCGCCGAAAUUAACGUUCGGCGAUGUGUUUGCACCUCGUCAAGGACUGCCUCAAUUGGAUCCUCCACGCAGACGACGCAACCGAAGCAUGUCAGGCACCUGGGUCGAUCCCUUUGAUGCCAUUUUGGACACACGGUCCUUCUUGGGCGAACGCAACAAUUAUUGUCUCUCCUCACUACCCUCUGGGCAAUGGCUACAGUACGGUGGCGUUACUUCGUCGCCGUCUUGUUGGAGCCGCCUUGAAAAGCAUGGUGAUGGAGACAUCGGUCCGAGACGCCAUGGAGAUUUCACGCUCUGGACUGAUGAUGACUCGUCCUUGUUACAAGGGGUUUAUUCAUCAUUUGCCCCGUCGUUCGACAGCUCCGGUGCGGUUAUCGAGGGCGAUCUGAAAGACAUGGUUUGGUGGAGUAAAAGAGGUUCCAAACGCUUGCGCACACUUCUUUCACUCCCAUAUAUGGAAGAUGUCAAAGAUGAGGAAAACUCUACGGUACAACCUGGCAACAUUGGCGAACUCGACGAAAGCACUCUGGACGAAAUGGUCGCAAACUUCAAUCCGGAUGACUUUUCUGAGAAUGUUGGAGAGACCGAUGUGGAAAACAAGGAGGAGUCCGAAUCCAAAGACGUUGAGGAAAUGCUUGGAGAUAUUAACGAAUUGCUGGAUACAUUGAGUUCCUAUCAGAGAGUCCGCAACCUCAGUCUGCCUUCCGAUGGUGACCAGGAAACCGAGUCCAAAGAAUUGCCCGAGCCAGACUUUGGCACUCCGCGUUCCCCGUCCACCGCAGAAUCGGCCAUUUACGAUACUCUGAAAUCCAGUCUGGCUGCGCUUAUCAGCAACCUGCCACCGUAUGCUGUUUCAAAGUUGGACGGCGAUCAAUUGGCAGAGUUGAAUAUCAGCCAGACGAUUCUGAUCGAAAACCAGAACUACAGCGGCACAAUGGACAAAGACGAGUACACCCUGCAACAGGAACGAGCUGCGGCGAUGGCUGCCUCAGCGGCCAACGCCGCGAACCGUACCUCCACGCCAUCCAGCGUGCGGUCCAGCAGCUUCCAGGGACCCCAUGGCGGCUAUAAUCAGCGUGCUUACGUCUCCAAUGCUCGAGUUUCGCAAGGUGGAUUCCAAGUACCGCCCCAAAACGCGCGUCAGUCUUCUUCCGGUGCCUACACACCCCAGGCCUACGGCGGAGGUCGUCCACCAAGCACAAACACCCCAUCCCAGCGCCCAGGAUAUCUCCAGCAGUAUUCGCAGAUGACACCUCAGUACAGCCAGGCGAACAAUGUCCCACAAUUCCAGCGUUCCGGUCCCAACGGUUACACUCCUUAUCCCGCUCAACAAGGCCAGUCGUCCGCUCAAGCCUCUCCACAGCCCUACACGCCGCGCCCUGGACAACCCUCGUCGUACAGCCAGAAACAGCCGUCAUAUAACACGCCACAGGCACGGACGCCAUAUGCGAAUGCAGGUGCCACCAACCCAGCACAGCAACGAUACCAGCAACAGAAUUACGCGAAUUCUGCUGCCGCCGCCACCUACGCUCGCAGCGCCGCCGAGCAAGCUGCGUUGAUGGACCGUAACAAGGCACAGCUGGCAGCUCAACAAACCCGGCAAAGCCCGUCGACGCCUCAACCCUUAGGACAAAGCAUCUCUCCAGAGCGCAGCGUCACUCCUGCCAGCAAACAGAACGGCACACCUGUUCCGUCAUAA